UAUCUUGUCGUCAGUGGGGUCUCAACUCGACCUGAGGACGCUCCGAGCCGUUAGGGUGCUUCGACCUCUCAAACUGGUUUCUGGGAUUCCCAGCCUCCAGGUGGUGCUCAAGUCCAUUAUGAAGGCGAUGAUCCCGCUGCUGCAGAUCGGCCUGCUGCUGUUCGUGGCCAUACUUAUGUUCGCCAUCAUCGGCCUGGAGUUCUACAUGGGACAGUUCCACAACACCUGCUAUGACAAAAUAUCAGGCGAACAAAUGGACGAUCGGCCGUGCGGUCACGAGUUGCCGUCGAGACUGUGUACGAACGAGACGAGUUGUGAACAUCGCUGGAUCGGUCCCAACUACGGCAUCACGCAAUUCGACAACAUCCUGUUCGCCGUGCUCACCGUCUUCCAGUGCAUCACCAUGGAGGGGUGGACAGACAUGCUCUACUUCAGUAAUGAUGUGGGAGGCAGUACCUGGAACUGGAUGUACUACAUCCCCCUCAUCAUCAUCGGCUCCUUCUUCAUGCUCAACCUGGUGCUGGGUGUUCUCUCAGGGGAAUUUGCCAAAGAGAGAGAGCGGGUGGAGAACCGGAGCGAGUUCCUAAAGCUGAGGCGACAGCAGCAGAUUGAGAGAGAGCUCAACGGAUACUUGGAGUGGAUCUGCAAAGCAGAAGUGAUCCUGGCUGACGAUGACGUCCCUGGGAACUUUGAUGGUAACUAA